AUGUUGGCACGUUUAUUUGAGCUUCGAGAGGAGUUGAAGGUUUUUUUAAUCGAUAAAGGUAUGAACUAUUUACAUGAGCAACUUUGUGAUCCAAAAAUUGAAAUGCAAAUUGCAUAUCUUGCGGAUAUAUUUGCCMACUUAAAUCACCUAAAUUUGCAACUGAAAGGUUCUGGUAAUGUUAAACUUGAAGGUUCCGCAAAUAUUUUCGUAUUUGAAGAUAAAGUUCGCGCAUUUGUCUGCGAGAUAAAUCUUUGGAUUGACAAAAUUCAGGUGAAAAAUUAUUCUGUAUUUCCUACACAGCGAGUUCUUAUUGAUGACGAACACUACAAAUGUUUUACAGAAGAUUUUCAGCAUAAUGUAUUAGAACACUUAAGAGUCCUUAAAGAGGAAUUUACCAGAUACAUUCCAGAUUAUGGUGUAGUAGACACUGAUGUUGUUAAGAAGUUAAUUCGUAAUCCUUUCACUGUCGAAGUCAACAACGUUCAAGAAGAAAUGCAAGAAGAAUUAAUAGAUCUUCAGAACGACAGCAACUUGAAGAGUUCGUUUGAAUAUAGUACAAACUUAGAAGAGUAUUGGU